AGUGGAUGCCGCGCUUGGGGACAAUUCGCGCUUGUCUGGGGCUGACCUGUGGAUAAUGAUUCGGGGCUAUGAAUAGGAAUAAGCGACGAGGAGAAGCUUGCUUAUCGUCGGCUGUUGGUCAUUUGCUGGACUAAAGGAUUGAUUUGCGCCCCCCUCCGACAUGGUUGCAAGUCUGGAAGCGAGGAACCCAGGGAGUAGCUUGCUAAUCUUUACCAGGAAUAUCAGCAUGCAUACUGUUUUCUGGACCUUGUGUUUAUGAGAGAGGCACAGUGGAGGCUUGCGCCGCUGGCAACGACUGCUGCCCUUUUUCACCUGAGGUGUUGAGAGUUGCUGAUCAGUUGACGUGAGCGCUCAAGUGAGCGAUCGGAUGGUUAUAGUGAAAUGUUUCCAGCGUCGCAAGUUGCUGGAGUGCAUGGGGAAUCCGGGUUUAGUGACACAGCCGGAGAUACAGUAGGAUGAUUGGGUGCAAGUUACUUGGUGGAUUCUAAUCUCGUUAGGUCCUGUUGGUGCGUAAUCUUGCCUAUCACCGAUGAGCCUUGAUGAUUUCACACUUUGGUGGAAACAGUUUUAGCGCGCUCGCGCGGGGAAUUGGGAGAAGUUUCUGGUUGCCGGUAUCGUUGGUGGUAUAGAGGUUGGAUAGCCACAAUCAAGGAGUGCCGGGAUCGGUUUAGGUUCUGGCAUGAGUGCUUCUGGUUUCUGGGGAUGAGGUGAGAGGAAGUGUAGCAGGCGAAGAAUAUAUAUUUUUGUUUUCUUCAUUUUGUUGCAUUUUUCUUAGUUUCGUCUGCUACUUGUUUCUCAUCCAGAGAAGACCUUUCCGUUUCUGUAACGAAAUUGGUACCAAGGACGCCGUUUCUUUCCUUUACAGGAAGGCAAGGCUUUCUUCUGAUGUUGCGUCACCGGAUUGUUUCUCGUUAUACAGGACGAAGCUUAGAUUGCACUACUUUGCGCGGGAGCCUUUCAUGUACAGGUUUCUAACCUUCCAGGCUCAGUCGGAAGCUCAUCGCUAAUUCGGAACUCCGAGAUUUUGAUAUCACGCUUAAAAUCGCAGGUGCAAGUGGGAGGGCUCAUUUGAAGUGUAUCUCGGAAGUAGAUGGCGGGAAAAUUGCUGGAGGUAGUGAGAAAGGCACGCAUGUCAUCGCGUAAAAGGGUUCUGCAAACUAAUACGAUUACCCCCUAAUCCAGUUAUCUAGCUCAAGAAGCGAUGUGCUUUUUUUAAGUUGGGAGGGAUACGUCUUAUUGGCAUCUGAUUCGACCUUUAGGUAGUAGGAUUGUAGAAGCAAUUGUUGGGGUAUAGAGACGGCGUAACCUGUUACAGAUUUUUCGAUUCACGCAGCGAGGUUUAAGAGAGUGUAAGCUUUUUUUUUGUGGGGGACCCUAGGGGCUAGCCUGUUAUCAAGGCUGAUGUCUUGUAAAGGUUUUGUGGCGGGGUUUUUGGGGUUCCAGAGUUUGGACUAGGCCCAUACUGUGAUUAUUGUCGCUGGGAGGCAAUCAGCGAGGUUGGAAUCCCGAUCCACUUGGAAGAGAACCUCAACAUCCGCAGAUAUUUUACCUUUCGCUAUAGAAGUUGUUAAGGACAGUUGGCGUCAGGGGCAGACUAUGGAGGAGUCCAAACAGCCAGGGUCUAAGGCUAUGCAGGGAUUCCCGAGGAUGGAUAACGUGUCCACAGGGAAAUACGGUGACCGGUCAGUGAACUGGGCACAUCCUAUGAACAAUUCUACGCAUUUGCCCCCCAAAAGCCCUCAUGGGGGUUAUUCUAUGUUCAGUUCGUCGAGUCUCUUCGAGAACAAUGGAGGGUUGAAUUUUCCUCCAUGUCAGCCGAUUCGGGGUGGUGAGCACAGGCGCAGUCCUUCUGCAGGGUAUGUUCCUCAAGGGCAGCCAACUUGGCAAUCGGUCAGACUUGCAUCUUCAGAUGGAAUUGUUGUGAAGAAAUGCUCACAUCGCCGAUCGUCGAGCGAUUCUGUGGCCUUCGUGGACAACUCCUACCAAUGUAUGAAUUACUUGGAACAUGUUACAGAGGAGGAUGAAUUCGUAUUUCAGGAGCCACCGAUUUCUGCUUACAGGCCAGCGCAUCGGAAAGGCUUGAGUGCGGAUUAUGAUAGCUAUUCUUCUAUUUCCCCCACCGGUAAUCAGAAUCCUCAGUAUAAGUUACUUGAGACACACAGGUUAUAUCCCGGAAAGAGUAUGAGAGGGGAUCAUAACAUCAACAGGCUGGGCAGAGAUUACGUACCCAGAAUCCGCGACAGUGAGCCUUUUCAAAGACAGCAAUCUAGACAUGAAAAUGUAGCAGCAUACAAUCGUGUCGGUUCUAAUUUGGCGAAAUCCGUGCCUCAAGAAGAUAGCCGGAACUUGGGAAAGGCCAAGAAGCACGUCACUUUAGCUAUUCCUAACCUGAAAAGUGAUGGUACGUCAUCGUCUAAAGGAAGAGUUCAUAACUUGGGUACUAAUUCAACCCUCGAAAAUCGUUCAACUGCUUCUGAAAGCAAUAGCCUCAGUGACGACUCCAACGACGAUGUACGUCCUAAGAGCUACGAAAAAUUAAGAGGUGACUCAGAAUUACGAACUGAAGGCGAUGGUAAUGCUCCAGCUCUGGCACAUGACGAUUGUACGAGUUCUGAGCAACUGGAUCCUAAGAAAGCGAAACGACAGUCGGCUCAAAGAUCACGCGUCAGGAAGUUACAAUAUAUCUCUGAGCUCGAGAUGAACGUCAGUGUAUUAGAGUCAGAAGUUGCGUCUCUUUCGCCCAAGGUUGGAUACUAUGACCAUGAAAGAGCACGAUUGAGUGCGGAGAAUGUGCUGCUCAAGCAGAAGCUGGCAGCGCUAACGAAAUCUCAACGCCUGAAAGAGGCUCACUCUGAAAGCCUCAAGUCGGAAGCUCACAGGCUCCUACAGCUCUACAACCAGCAGCAGCAGCAAACUCAACAUCACGCUGAACGACGGUCCCUUUCUGCAGACAUCCUAGACCUCCAACUAAUGCGUUUCAGUCAGCUUGACAUCGGCCCUCAAAUUCCCAAGCCCAAGUCCCCAAAUGGCUACACAUCAGUGGUGAGGCCCUCCAGUGGCCGGCCUUCCUUGUACCCAUCCAAAGUCAUCUCCCCCCCACAUGAUAGAAUCAUAAGUAGGCCUUCCUCUCACACCAUUCCACCAUCUUGCAUGGCUCCAGGGGGCAAGACCUUGGCUGGUGGGAUGAUGGGCGGGUCGAGCACUUCCUUCAUGGUGCAUAACUUAUAACCCUGUGAGAACUGAUCUGUCUUCCCUACUAUCGACAAUCCCUCACAACGAUCCUGCGACUUUGUGAUGCCCUUUCAUCUGUCCCCAAGUUUGGAGUACAUUGAAGAGCUCUUAAGAGAACCUCCGCUGGAAGAUUAACCUACGAUGGAGAAUUCCGCAUCAAAGUGCGAGUCCUUUCCAACUUUCAAGAGGCGUUGGAGAUAUUAGGACCUCGUUGUGCUCAAUGGAUUGCAGCAAAGCUGACCAACUUGUAGUGCCUUGGCCAAGACCCCGAACUAGGACGACUAUGCGCUAAGGCACUCUCUUCAGGCUUUAUCUUUUUACGUAUCCUUCUUUGUAUAAUUCGAGACUGCUUCCCCAUACAUGAACGCGAUGAUAUUGUACAUGUUCUCACGGAGAUGCGGUCACUCCAUAUCCAUCGAUUCACGGUUGGAGAAGGAGUGGUUUUUCAUGCUCGGCUCCGUUUAGCUCCCUGUCAUGACCACCUUGGCCAGUGGAGUGUAAAUUAGGUACUCUCUCGGAGUGAAAUUGGUUGAAGUUUUAGACCUCUAAAUGACUAUGGUAUCAUAAAAGAAGAAAAAAAAAAUAGACACAUGUGACACACUCAGGCGCGUGGAUUGACUAGCUGUACAAUCCUCUGUUGACACUGAUGAGAGACUCUCCUUUUAUGUGCAUUGAAAUGCACACUUUUGUCCAUCAAUAUGCAUGAGAAUUUCGAAACAUGUUAAGUGUUGUCCUGGUGUGGAUGGACAGAGGUUCAAUUU